AUGUUGCGCAAGCUAUAUGAUGAAGAAGAUAUAGAGGAAGAGAAAAUUGAAAAAGAUGAGGAAGAAGAUUCCGGUCCCAUCUACGACACCGAUGGAGAAGGGGAAUUUUGUGAAAGAAUAAAUUUCUUGGUUGAAGAGGAAUUUAUUGAAGAAAUUGAAGAAGGAACUAAUUUUGUGAUCGGAGAUGAAAUUGUUGAGGCAAUUGUGGAAGAAAUCAAUUUUGUUGAUAUGCACAAAAUUGUUGAAGAAAUGGUGAUUUUUGUUGAACAACUAAAAUCAUUCCGAGAGAUCACAACCUUGAGAACCAAUGACUGCCUUAGUGACAACAAGAAGUACGGUGAGAGGUUGGAUUUUGCUAAUUAUGAUCUUGAUAGUGAUGUUUUUGGGCCGAGUUCAUGGGAAUGUAUGGAAGUGGUUUUUCAUCCACAAAUGGAAGAUACGAUUAGGAUUGAAUUUGGCGAGUUAUUUGAGUUAUUUGAAGAAGAACAUGUGUAUGUGGAGAAAAGACCAAGUUGGAAUAAAGAAAAGGUCACAUUAUGCAAUAAAAAUUUGUUUUCAAGACUUGCUGUCAGGGAAGGUUCGUAUGGGGGAACAACACAAUUUGGUUCUUACUGA